AUGCCGGCCAUCCUCGGGCGGUUGCUCCUGCUGCUGAUGCUGGCAGUGGGAUACAGCGCCAGCCAGCCGGCCAUGAAGCUGUCGGCCACUUGGCCGGCAUUCCACCUGCUGACCAUCCUGAAGGACCCGUCGCAGGAGGCCAUCAAUCCCAAGACCAACAUCCGGUUUUGCGACUUCUUCAAUAGCCAAUCGUUGCUCCUCCACUCGGCCGAUGGAUUCGACGACCUGGCCUACCAAAGCAGCUUCUACAAUAUCGCCACCUCGCCGGAGGCCCGGUCCGGCAGGCAGGCCUCCCGGCCGCGGGAGUUCCUCAUCGGCCCGCAUGGCAAGCAUGCACACACCUGCUACUCCUAUCCCUUUGCCCGACGCCCAUUGGUGCCCUUUUCCAGGGACAUGUACUUCCUGUCGUUGGAUAAGCCGAAUGUCGAUGAGGCGAUGGCCAUGGGCGAGAGGUUGGUCUUCCCGCGAGAGGGAUUCAUCGUGCAUGAGGUGCAAGUGAGCGACCUCUCGGCCAUGGUGGUUGGCACGACCGCGGCCGGAAGGCCCUUCGCCCUGGCAGUGAACGCUGUCAUGGGGCGUUUGGAAUUUUCCUUCCUCCAGGAGUAUUACGAAAAGCACACCUCACUGAUGUCGGACUUCGAGGGGUUCACCUUCCUGCAGGCCACCGACUUGGAUGGAGACGGUCUGGUGGAUGCGGUGACUGUGGCCUGGCUUUCGGACGCCGCCAACACCAAUGCCCAGGCGGCAUGUGCCACUCCACAGAUGGCGGCUUUGGCACUCGGGCACCUGCCAACCGCUAUGGGGGGCCGCGCGCGCGCACGCGCACGCCGCGGUCUGGUGGAUGCGGUGACUGUGGCCUGGCUUUCGGACGCCGUCAACACCAAUGCCCAGGCGGCAUGUGCCACUCCACAGAUGGCGGCUUUGGCACUCGGGCAGUGUGUCGCCGCCGCCGAGUGGCCCCACGGCGAGCAAGAGGCACCGGCCGAAGCGGCAAUGUCCGCGGAUCGCCGGCAGCGGGGGCUCUAUUGGCUGAGCCGGCUCGGCGAGGCGGCCCUCGAGCCAAACCAGCCGGCCGAUGUGAGCCUGCUGCUGGCCCUGCCGGCUGACAUGGAGGUGGGCCAGCUGCUGGUGGGGGACUUUGACGGAGACGGCCGGGCUUCGGAUGUGGCCGUGGUGUCGGGCCCCUUUACUAGCGGGCCACCGCGAGUCAUCCUGCUGCUGACAUCGGACCUGGCCUCCCCGAUGACCAUCUUCCUGAGCGACAUGGCCGAAGGCGACCCGGCCUUUCUCGCGGGCCACCGCGAGUCAUCCUGCUGCUGA